AUGUCAGCUUCCAACAUCAGUGAUGACAGUCUCCCAGACACCCUCAUCCUGACAGGCAUCCCAGGGCUGGAGGGGGCCCACAUCUGGAUCGCCAUCCCCUUCUGUGCCGUGUAUCUGGUAGCGCUGGCUGGGAACGCUGCCCUCAUCCUGGUCAUUGGGACAGACAGUGCUCUUCAUGCACCCAUGUACCUCUUCCUGUGCCUUCUCUCACUCACCGACCUGGCUCUCAGCUCCACCACUGUGCCCAAGACAUUAGCCAUUUUGUGGGUCCAUGCUGGAGAGAUUUCCUUCGGUGGAUGCCUGGCCCAGAUGUUUUGUGUCCAUUCUAUCUAUGCCCUGGAGUCCUCGGUUCUUCUCGCCAUGGCCUUUGAUCGCUAUGUGGCUAUCUGCGACCCACUGAGAUACACAACCAUCCUCACCCAUACUGUCAUAGGCACUAUUAGCCUUGUUGGGCUAUUCCGUAGUGUGGCCAUUGUUUCCCCAUUCAUCUUCCUGUUGAAGCGACUGCCUUACUGUGGUCACCAUGUCAUGGCCCACACAUACUGUGAGCACAUGGGCAUCGCUCGCCUGGCCUGUGCCAACAUCACUGUCAAUGUUGUCUAUGGGCUGACUGUGGCCUUGCUGGCCGUGGGUCUGGAUGCCAUCCUCAUUGCCAUUUCCUAUGGCUUCAUACUCCGUGCUGUCUUCCGCCUUCCAUCUCAAGAUGCUAGGCACAAGGCUCUGAGUACCUGUGGCUCCCACCUCGGGGUCAUCCUGGUCUUCUACAUUCCUGCCUUCUUCUCCUUCCUCACCCACCGUUUUGGCCAGCACCGAGUCCCCAAGAAUGUGCACAUUUUCCUGGCAAACCUGUAUGUGCUGGUGCCUCCUGUGCUCAACCCCAUCAUCUAUGGGGCUAGGACCAAGGAGAUUCGGAGUCGACUUCUGAGACUGCUUCACUUUGGGAAAAUUUCAACUUGAAAUUUGAGCACAGGAUAGGAGUAAGGAAAGUAAAUUGGUUCUGAGCUUUCUAGAUGCAUUUACAUGAGUGGAGACCUCUGACAUGACAGAAAUGUGUUUACAGUAGAGGAAGCAGUGAAAGCAAAGAGAAGGCCAGAGGUAUUGGAAGUAUCAAAAAUUACAUUGAACAUAAGACAUUCCUCAGGCUCCUUGAGAAACUUUGAAUAACUCAGAGAGAUGAUAAUAUUUUUACUCUUGGGUAAAUGUUACAAUUAGGAAUAAGCACACCUUGGAGAAAUCUCGGUUCCUAUGUAGUGCCUGUACAGAAUGCUCCUAACUGUUUUUCUUUUCCUGCAAAUGUUUCCAUGACUUACUAAAGAUCAAGACAAUUUCUCUUCUUAAAUGAGUCUCUGUUUCAUAGUGGAAAUAUUCUUCUGUGAGUCCGAGUAAAAAGGGAAAUGAACAUUUGCAGUAAAUUCAAUCUGAUAUUCAGUGCUUUGGAUAGUGAUGAAGAGCACUAAGUCUCAAGUCAGAGUACCUGGGUGUGAAUCUUGGUUCCUCUACUUGCUGUCUUUGUGGUCUUGAGCAUGUUACUAAAUCUCUCUAUGUCUCGAUUUGGCCAACUGUUAAUGAAUAAAUGUUAAUAUCUCACUGCUAAUGCUGACAAGGAAUAAUUGAG